UUUUCUUGCCUAUCUUUCGUUUUUCGCGAUUCUUUUAUCAAAAAGUAGCUCUUCUUUUACUCACUUACAUGUCAAUGUCAAAUUCUCAGAAAAAAAAAAGGUUGUGCGAGGUUUUUCACGAACGAGUGUAAGGUGACCUUUGUUUCUGGCUAUCAACACAAGAGUUUAUUUUAUCUUUAAGCCCUUCCUAGACUAGGUACAGAAAAGAAGUAAGAAAGAUGGAAUCCACAAGUUCCAGAGUCAAUGUUCAAAGCUCUAGACAAUCCUCGAAGCGGCUUCUGUUUGACCGACGCUAUGGAUGGGUAAUUGAUGAAUGGAAACAUCCAUCUGAGGAAGCACUUGAUGGUGGCCGAGGAAUGUUUUGCAUACUCCCACUUGCCAAACGUUUGGUGCAGAUGACCUCACAAUCGAUAAAUCUUGGAGUUGCCUCAGCCAUAAACGCUGCUGAAAACCCACAGACGUUUUCCUUGCAGACGCUGCAGAGUGUUCUAGAUGAGGGUGUUCACAAUUUAGUGACAACUUUGAAAAUCGACAAGUGUAAAGAUUUCAUCCUCAACAAAAAUCCUUCCCACUUUCAUGGUGAGAACAAAGAAUGAUGAAAGGCACAUAAUUUGCUUCUCCUGAACAGUUUGUGUUUUACUCGUUCAGCAAUGCUUAACAUACUGCACUUAUGAUAGUAGCCUUGUGAUUCAUUUGAAAACAACUUAAUUAACACUUACUCGAUAAUCAUUUAUCCUCACUUGUGUAUAAGACAUUUACAUGGUGAAAGUGAAAAUGUGGUUAAGAGGCCAUUUUAGAA